AUGGGUUCCUUACCCAACGCCAAAUUCAAUUCAUCCAAGCCACAAAUUAACGUGGACAACUUGGGCGAAAUCCACGACGAUUCCAUUGUCCCGCCAGUCCUGAUCGGCCCUGAUGGCACAUUAGGCCAUGAUAAUCUUCCCGUGAUCUGUAUCGUGGGAGGACCUAACAGUAAUGAUUAUGGAAGUGACAAGAUUCUUCAUCAUACUAUUGGUCUUCCCGAUUUCAGCCAAGAACUUAGAUGUUUUCAGCCUGUCACUUGCCAUCAGGCGGUGGUGAAUAACUUAGAAAAUGCACAAGAACUCAUUGAUAGAGCCAUCUCCACCGCGCUGCAAGAAAGCCUACCUGUCUACAUCAGCAUAAGCUGCAACUUGGCCGCCAUCCCUCAUCCAACAUUUCAGGCCAAACCCGUCCCAUUUUCGCUCUCACCAAGAUUGAGCAACAAGUUGGGACUCGAGGCUGCCGUAGAAGCAGCAGCAACAUUCCUAAACAAGGCCGUAAAGCCGGUGAUGAUCGGAGGUCCAAAGCUCAGAGUUGCAAAAUCAAGCGAAGCGUUUCUUAAAUUGGCCGACGCAUGCGGUUAUCCCAUGACUGCUCAAGAUGUGUCAACGAUGAUAAGAAAUAACCAAAACAACAUUAUUUUUGUGAUCAACAAUGGAGGAUACACCAUAGAGGUGGAAAUCCAUGACGGGCCGUACAACGUGAUCAAGAACUGGGAUUACACCGGAGUUGUGGACGCAUUUUGCAAUGGCAAAGGCAAAUGUUGGACUGCAAAGGUACGGACUGAAGAGGAGCUGAUUCAGGCAAUUAAGACAGCAACAGGGGACAAGAAAGAUUCUCUGUGCUUCAUCGAAGUGUUGACUCACAGGGAUGAUACCAGCACAGAGUUGCUUGAAUUUACUUCCAGAGUGGCAGCUGCCAAUGGUCGUCCUCCAAGUCAUCACUAUGAUCAUCUUCCCGUGAUUUGCAUUGUGGGAGGACCUAACAGUAAUGAUUAUGGGAGUAAUCGGAUUCUUCAUCAUACUAUUGGUCUUCCUGAUUUUAGCCAAGAACUAAGAUGCUUUCAGCCAGUUACUUGCUAUCAGGCGGUUGUGAAUAACUUGGAGGAUGCACAAGAACAAAUUGACAGAGCCAUUUCCGCUGCAUUAACAGAAAGCCUGCCUGUGUACAUUAGCAUCAGUAGCAACUUGGCUGCCAUUCCUCAUCCAACAUUUAAGGCAAAACCCAUCCCACUUUCGAUCUCAUCAAGAUUGAGCAACAAGUUGGGACUUGAGGCCGCAGUGGAAGCUGCAGCAGCGUUUUUAGACAAGGCCGUGAAGCCGGUGAUGAUAGGAGGCCCGAAACUCCGACCGGCGAAAGCUUGCGACGCGUUUAUGAAAUUGGCCGACGCUUGCGGUUUUCCCAUCUCAAUAAUGCCAUCAGCAAAGGGGCUCAUCCCAGAAAACCAUCCUCAUUUCAUCGGAUAUGCCCAAUCUGCAGCACCUGAAAGGCGUGUUAUUGCUUGCAUUGGUGAUGGAAGUUUUCAGGUAACCGCUCAAGAUGUGUCAACAAUGAUAAGAAAUAACCAAAAAUCCAUCAUUUUCCUGAUUAACAAUGGAGGGUACACCAUAGAAGUUGAAAUCCAUGAUGGGCCGUACAAUGUGAUCAAGAACUGGGAUUACACAACUAUUGUGAAUGGAUUUUGCAAUGGGGAAGGCAAUUGUUGGACUGCAAAGGUACGGACGGAAGAGGAGCUGAUUCAGGCAAUUCAAAUGGCAACAGGGGAAAAGAAAGAUUCUCUGUGCUUCAUCGAAGUGAUUACUCACAAGGAUGAUACCAGCAAAGAGCUGCUGGAAUUUGGAUCCAGACUUGCAUCUGCCAAUGGCCGGUUUCCGAAUCCUCCGGAGCCAAGAAUGUGAUCACCAGUCAAUAAACAUCGGACCCAUUGGAUCAUUACAAAGUCUUGUUCAGCAGAUUUGUGUCUUGGAGAGGG